AUGAUCUCCUUUUCAGAUAGCAACUUCCAGUCUGUUCUUUGCUGCUGCUGUUGCUGCUCAGUGCAGAAGAGACAAGUGAGAACACAGAUAAGUCUGAGCAAAAAUGAAGAACCUUCAGAAAAUUACUCCCAGCAUCGCAGGCCCUGGCUCGACAAACUGAAGAGCAAGAAACAUUCCAACAGAGGCGGGGCGCAACCCUCAAAACGCAAGCCGCUGCCUCCCCUCCCGCUCGCCCAGCUCGCUGAAGAGAGGAUCCAGGUCAAGGCGCUUUAUGAUUUCCUGCCCCGGGAGCCCUGUAAUUUGGCACUGAAGAGAGCAGAGGAAUACCUGAUAUUGGAGAGGUGUGACCCUCACUGGUGGAAGGCCAGAGACCGUCUGGGGAAUGAAGGCUUAAUCCCAAGCAACUACGUGACCGAAAACAGAGUUACCAAUUUAGAGAUAUAUGAAUGGUACCAUAAGAAUAUUACUAGAAACCAGACGGAACGCUUAUUGAGACAAGAGGCUAAAGAAGGUGCAUUUAUUGUGAGGGAUUCGAGACAUUUGGGGUCUUACACAAUUUCUGUGUUUACAAGAGCUGGAAGAAGUACACAAUCUUCAGUAAAACAUUAUCAAAUUAAAAAGAAUGACUCAGGACAAUGGUAUGUUGCUGAAAGACACCUCUUCCCAUCAGUUCCGGAGUUGAUCCAGUAUCACCAGUACAAUGCAGCUGGUCUCAUGUCCCGUCUCCGAUAUCCAGUUGGGCUUCUGGGCAGCUGUUUACCAGCCACUGCUGGUUUUAGCUAUGAGAAAUGGGAAAUAGACCCAUCUGAGUUGGCCUUCAUCAAGGAGGUUGGAAGUGGUCAGUUUGGGGUGGUCCACUUAGGAGAAUGGAGAGCACAUAUCCGAGUCGCCAUCAAGGCCAUCAAUGAAGGUUUCAUGUCUGAAGAGGAUUUCAUUGAAGAAGCCAAAGUGAUGAUGUAA